ACGGGACCUACGGUAACCUCCAGAGGGAGGUCGAGCAGGGCAUAAGGCAGCUCACUUCGCGAACAGAGUCGCCUUUAUCCGAGUCGAGCGAGAUCUACCUGCAGAAAACGGACCGCCUCCCUGGAGGCCCAGCAUGGCCACGCGAGCCAUCACGCCCGCCAGACCUCUCGCGCUUGUUGCUCGCAGCGACGGUCCUUUGAUCCACUCUCUCGCUCGUGCUCUGCGACCAACCACACGAGCGCAUCACCUGCGCAGCUAUCAGCUUCCCGCGAGGAUCAGGCUCAGGCCCACGCCCGCUCUCAGUCGCGCCAUUAUGUCGUCGGCGGCAGCCGCCGCCGGUGCGCAAAGGCAUGGACAAGGAGGGGCACAAAACAACAACCCGCUGUUAGAUGAGACCUGCGUUCCUUGCCGCAAAGGUGCAACGAUGCUUACGCAAGCCGAGAUCGACGCUCAUCUCGCUGCACUCCAAGGUGGCAGCGCGGGCAAAGGUUGGAUUCUCUGUUCCCGCUCUUCAUCACCCACGACACCGUCAUCAGGGCCGUCAAUAUCAGCCCUAGGGAGGACAUUCCGGUUCAAGAAUUUUCGAACCGCAUUGGCAUUCACGAACGAGGUGGGAAGGAUCGCAGAGGAGGAGAAGCACCACCCUGAAAUUCUGCUGGAAUGGGGCAGCGUCCGGGUCGCUUGGUGGACACAUGCCAUCGAAGGGGUGAGUUCAGAUUGUCGUGCUCACGUUUGCACUGUUGUACCUCGUGCGCGUCUUUCUCUCCUCGAAACCAACUCGACAUUCGGCCCUCUUCUGACCAAUUGCCUGGCUAUGCAUACACUCGCCAGCUACACAAGAAUGACUUCAUCAUGGCCGCAAAGACGGAUGCGCUCGCGAAUGCCGCAGAAGGGCUCAAGGCGUAAGUUCCUUUCAUUCGGUUGACUGGGAAUCCUCCCUACCUGCCCUGCUAAAAGGCCAGCGGUGGAG